AUGGCAUCAACGAUUGCUAAUAUUGAAAGCACCGAUUUGAGACGUCGAAAUUUUCUACCCAGCCGUGAUAUUAUUACAAGCACUGUUAUUGCUUCACCAAUUUAUCCGUGUGACGAAAAAAAUGCACCAAAUUAUAUGAUUUAUUGUCAGGGUGAAUUGUUACAUACUGUAUUAUUAAGUAAUAUUUUCAACGAUUCAAAAACAUUUGUGGAUAAACCAAUUAAAAAAGAACCAGAUGAAAUAAUUAGUGCAUUUAAUCAAAAAUUUCCUAAUCAAAUUACCAUCAAUGAUCGAGAAGCACUGAUAUCAUUUGUGGAUGAAUAUUUUGAUACCGAAGGAAGUGAUAUUCAGGAAUGUCCGGAAGAUACGAUGGAAGAUUGGAAUGAUGAACCGGAAUAUUUGAUAGCAAUCGAAGAUAGAGAAUUACGUCAAUUUGCUUUGGAAAUUCAUGCAUUAUGGAAAAAAUUAUGUCAUAUCGUUAAGCCUGAAGUAAAAAAUAAUCCAAAACGUUAUUCGAUAUUAUAUUUACCACAUGAAUUUAUAAUAGCAGGUGGUCGUUAUCGUGAAUUUCAUUACUGGGAUACUUAUUGGAUCAUAAAAGGUUUGCUUGCUUCAGGUAUGCAUGAUACGGCAAAACAUAUAUUACAAAAUUUUAAAUAUUUAAUUGAAAAAUAUGGAUAUAUACCAAAUGGCGGUCGUACUUAUAUGUUACAACGUACUCAACCACCAUUUUUUAUUCCGAUGGUUUAUGAGUAUCAUACUGUUACAGCAGAUGAUGAAUUUUUACUGAGUGUUAUGAGUACUAUGGAAGCGGAAUAUGCAUUUUGGAAAAAAUAUAGGACAAAAACAAUUUCAAAAAAUGGUAAAAAUUAUACAAUAUUUCAAUAUAUUUCUCCUGUCAAUACACCACGUCCAGAAGCAUAUCGUAACGACUUUUUUGCGGCUGAUAAUGUUCCGGAAAUUAGACGUCGGCAAAUAUGGAAUGAUAUUAACAGUGCUGCCGAAUCCGGUUGGGAUUUUAGCAGUCGAUGGCUUAGCAAUAGUAAAACGAUGGAUACAAUUGAAACAUCAAAUAUUGUACCGGUUGAUUUAAAUGCAUUAAUGUGUUGGAAUAUGGAAAUUUUGGCACAUUUACACGGAGAAAUUGGUGACACAAAUCGUCGGGCAGAAAUAAACAUUGAAAGAGCAAAAUUUGUUGAUACAUUUGAAGCGGUAUUUUUUGAUGAUCGUGAAGGCUCAUGGUUUGAUUUUAAUUUAAAUACCGGUGAACGUGUUGAUGAUACCUAUCCAUCUAUAGCCGUUCCAUUAUUUACCGAAUGUUAUAGUAGUUUAAAUAGUCCAAUGUUGGUUGAAGUAUUAGGGACUUUACAACGUAAAGGAUUAUUACAAUUUCCUGGUGGUAUACCGGCAAGUUUAAUUCGUAGUUCAAAACAACAAUGGGAUUAUCCUAAUGGUUUUGCUCCAAUCAAUCAUAUGGUUAUCGAAGGUUUACGGAAAUCAAAUCAUCCAAUUAUGCAGCAAAAAGCAUUUGAGUUAGCAAGUAGAUGGAUCAAUCGAAAUUAUGAAGUUUAUCAAACUGAUCGUAAAUUAUGGCAGCGAUAUGAUGUAGCCGACGAUCAUAUACGAUCAGCAAAUGACGAUGAUAAUGAGGAAGGUUAUGGGUGGACAAAUGGUGCAUUGUUGGAUUUAAUGGUAACAUAUAGCAAACGGAUUAGUGUAUCCGAUAAGACCAUAACAUCAGAUGUGUCCGAAAUAAACGAUAACGAGCCAGUUGAUAUUUUAAUAAAAAAAUUAGAAAAUAUAUUUGGUUCAUGGAUAUCCACCAAGAAACGUCUAAUACGUAUAGCUUCUUACAUUCUCAAAUGUAAUUAA